AAACAUACGCACAUACACACGCACACCCAAGCCAGAUAGACCCACAACCUGGUAAGAUCAAAGAAGAGACCGUGGCCCCGCACAAAUGAUUCCUUUCUUGAAAACCUGUUUAGGGAGCAGAUGGAAAAGUGGGGACUUGUGAAGAAGGUCUGUGAGGUUGCCUAAGGAUCCGGGAGCCGAAGAGACCGGCUGAUUGGAAGAAAAAAGCAGAGAGAUGGAGGCGGGGGAAGUGCGAGCUCUCUGCGGGGACUGGAGCGAGUCCACGCCCGGGGCCAGCGCUGCAGAGCUGGCGUGCAUUCAACCAACGCUUCCCAGCUAAAGCAAGCCCAGGAAAGAAGAGGGGGGAAAAGGGGGGAGCUUUUCUCCAAAGCCUCCCGAUCUGCAGAGUGAAAAUUGAUUGACGCCACCGUGAAGGGGGAAGAGAGGGAGCUGGAAGGGGGAGACCCAGCAGGUGUCACCCUAGGGUCUGAGAGGUGGAAGAUGAACGGAGAAGCGGAUAGUCCAACUGACUUAGAAAUGACAGCCCCCAAAAAUCAAGACCGUUGGACCCAGGAAGACAUGCUGACCCUCUUGGAGUGCAUGAAGAACAACUUGCCAUCCAAUGAUGGUGGCAAGUUUAAAACCACUGAAUCCCAUCUGGACUGGGACAAGGUUUCUUUCAAGGACUUCUCUGGUGAGAUGUGCAAGAUGAAAUGGAUUGAGAUUUCUAAUGAGGUGAGGAAGUUUCGAACUCUGACAGAAUUAAUUAUGGAUGCUGAGGAACAUGUGAAAAACCCAUACAAAGGCAAAAAGCUGAAGAAACAUCCUGAUUUUCCCAAGAAACCUUUAACCCCCUACUUCCGAUUCUUCAUGGAGAAGCGAGCCAAGUAUGCUAAGCUGCAUCCAGAAAUGAGCAACCUGGAUCUUACCAAGAUACUCUCCAAAAAGUAUAAGGAGCUCCCUGAAAAGAAAAAGAUGAAGUAUAUCCAAGACUUUCAACGAGAGAAACAAGACUUUGAACGAAAUUUGGCAAGAUUUAGGGAAGACCAUCCUGACCUCAUUCAGAAUGCCAAGAAAUCUGAUGUCCCAGAGAAACCUAAGACCCCCCAACAGCUUUGGUACACUCACGAGAAGAAGAUCUACUUGAAAGUACGCCCUGAUGCCACCACGAAGGAGGUGAAGGAUGCGUUGGGCAAGCAAUGGUCUCAGCUCUCGGACAAAAAAAGGCUGAAAUGGAUUCAUAAGGCUCUGGAGCAGCGGAAGGAGUAUGAGGAAAUGAUGCGAGAUUAUAUACAGAAGCACCCAGAGAUGAACAUUGAGGAAGGGGCUCCCCCCCGUUCCACCCUGACUAAAGCAGAGAGGCAGUUGAAAGACAAGUUUGAUGGGCGGCCCACCAAGCCCCCUCCGAACAGUUACUCACUUUACUGUGCUGAGCUGAUGGCAAACAUGAAAGAUGUCCCAAGCACAGAACGGAUGGUGCUCUGCAGUCAGCAGUGGAAGCUUCUUUCCCAGAAGGAAAAGGAUGCCUACCACAAGAAGUGUGAUCAGAAAAAGAAAGAUUAUGAAAUUGAGCUGUUGCGUUUCCUUGAGAGCCUACCUGAAGAAGAACAGCAGAGGGUUCUGGGGGAGGAGAAAAUGCUGGGAGUAAACAAAAAAGGUGCCACCAGCCCUGCCUCUAAGAAAUCCUCACCAGAUGCUAGUAAGGGAGGUUCUGAGAAACCCAAACGGCCCGUUUCUGCUAUGUUUAUCUUCUCGGAGGAGAAACGCAAGCAGCUGCAGGAGGAGCGACCCGAACUGUCGGAGAGUGAACUGACCCGGCUGCUGGCGCGGAUGUGGAAUGAUCUUUCAGAGAAAAAAAAGGCCAAAUACAAAGCUCGUGAGGCUGCAAUGAAAGCUCAGACAGAGAAAAAGCAUGGCUCUGACAAGGAGGAUCGUGGCAAACUUCCUGAGUCACCCAAGACCGCUGAGGAGAUCUGGCAGCAGAGUGUCAUUGGAGAUUAUCUUGCCCGCUUUAAGAAUGACCGUGGGAAAGCACUAAAAGCCAUGGAAGCCACCUGGAAUAACAUGGAAAAAAAGGAAAAAUUGAUGUGGAUCAAAAAAGCAGCAGAAGACCAGAAACGAUACGAGAGAGAACUGAGUGAAAUGAGGGCAUCACCAUGCUCAACUAAUGCUUCCAAGAAGAUGAAAUUCCAGGGUGAGCCGAAGAAACCCCCUAUGAACGGGUAUCAGAAGUUUUCUCAGGAGCUGCUUUCAAAUGGUGAACUCAACCACCUUCCUCUGAAGGAACGGAUGGUAGAGAUUGGGAGCCGUUGGCAGCGCAUCUCUCAGAGCCAAAAGGAACAGUACAAGAAGUUAGCUGAAGAGCAGCAAAAACAGUACAAAGUGCACCUGGAUAUGUGGCUGAAGAGUUUAUCACCGCAAGAGAGAGCUGCAUACAAAGAACAUACCUCCAGUAAACGUAAGAGCAUGGGGAAGAUGCGUGGCCCAAACCCUAAGAUGAAACCCUCAGUACAGUCCAAGUCGGAAUCAGAAGAGGAUGAUGACGACGACGACGACGAUGAUGAUGAUGAAGAGGAAGAUGAAGAUGAAGAUGACAACGGUGACUCCUCUGAGGAGGGAGGGGAUUCUUCAGAUUCAAGCAGUGAAGAGGAAAGUGAAGAUGGGGAUGAGAAUGAAGAAGAGGACGAUGAAGAAGAUGACGACGACGAUGAUGAUGACAAUGAAUCAGAAGGCAGUAGCAGUUCCUCAUCCUCCUCAGGAGACUCUUCAGAUUCGGACUCCAAUUGAACCAUCCUCUUCCUCUGGCCGCCUUUCUUGCUGUACUUUUAUUCGGUUUUUCUUUUUCCGGAUAAUAGUAACAUCCACAGCUGGAGAGCUAGGAUGGGGAGAAAAGGGGAGGGGAAAAAUCACUGUGGUUUAAUUAUCUUCCUCUCCUCACAGGCCUCACAUUGUAUUUAACUGUGUGAGGGGAGUGGGGUAGAAAAUGGCUGACAACCAGCAGAAGCUGUUUUUUUAUUUUAUUUUAUUUUUUGUGAUGUAGGGAGAGAAUUUUAUUCUGUGCAACUCUCUCCUCCCCUCCCCUUCAAAUUCUCUUUGAGGUUUUCCCCUUUUCUGAGCAGGGGUCAUUUAAAAUCUAGACCCCUUUUAUUUUUCCCUUCAUAUUUACCCACCCCCCCAUUCUAGCCACCAGCUUGGGACUUUGUACAAAUUCUUUUUUAAAAAAACAACAUGGCAGUGAGAUACUUCCCGCCCGCCCCUUCCCCCGCCACCAGGCAAACAGCCCAGGAGAGAUGGGUUCCCGAAAGCAUGAGCCAUCGAAGGUUCUGGACUUUGCCAGUGACACCCACCUCUCCUCAAAGCGGACAAUCUUGUACAGUGUUGAAAUUUCACACCUUGACAAAAGAGUGAGAGAGAACAAAAUGGCUGCAGCUGCACUUAGCUAUUUCCUGUGACGAACUGGAUAUCCAGCAUUUCCUGCUGAGGGAAAUGGGGGUGGGUGGGAAUAUUUCAUGUGAGUGUGUCAGGGGAUAGAAGAGGAACUGAAGACCAGGAUUUUUCUUUGCAAAGGGAGAGUGACUGGCAUGCUGUUGGGGGAGGAGAGGAUUUCAAGGUGACUGACUUUAUUUUGCAGGAGGUGGACUUUUUCUGUCAUUUUUCUGACCAGCAUUUGGGCAAAGACAGUAGUGGCCAGACCCCUUUGGGUUGUUGUUGUUGUUAAUAUAUAUAUUUUUUUUUACAAUGAAGUGACCAAUAAUUGUACCAAAAUGGGGCAUUUUGUUGACUGUCUUUGGAAGGGGUGGUUGGUUGCGGGGGAUCAUCUGUGUCAUUAGCAUUUUUUUUAAAGAUUUUAUAAACCAAGUAAGACAACCAUCUUUUUAAAAAACAAGCUCUCUUAUCUUUUACAUCAAGUACUUCAUAUGUCUCUUAACCCUUAUGCAGAAUUCAGUAAUCCACAACCUCGGGGUGGGCAAAUGGGACGUGCAUUUUGGAGGCACACAGAUAGUUUCUUUCCACCAUGCCUUAGGUGGUACUUGUUCAUUGGUGCUUGUUCAUUCAGCUUUAGGUAAAAGUUUGCUGCCAAGAAAGGGCAGAUUCCAGAGAGGAUUCACUGUCAAGGCUGCCAUCAAAGGCAGCGGUCUCUGUAUCUUCGCCUUUCUCCCCUUGUAAUGUCUAGUCAUACAAAAUGCCACUACACUGCACAUUUCGCAACUGGAAGGAGCAAACAAUGAUUCAGAGCAGGAAAGGGCAGUUUGCAGUGCAAUCUCAUGUCCAUGUUUAUGAUAGGAUACUGCUGGAAAAGAGGAGGGCCAAAUGUGGAGCUGCUGUUUUCAGUGGCAGAGAGAGCUCUUCUGUAACAUUUCACUCUGGCCUGAAAAACAAGCCUUAGAACAAUGAUCUUGCCCCUUGUAUGGCUGGAGUUGAUGGCCAUUGUAGUUCAACACAUCUGGGGCACUAGGUUGAGGGUGGCCGAUUUGGCGCUGCAUGAACAAUCCUCAGACUGUGAGGAGAAGAUUGGAAGCACGUGCUUCCAUUUUUAACCAGCUUGUUAUAACUGAAUACAGAUAAAGUGGGAUCCAGGAAAAAAAAGCUAGGAUCAUAAUUCACAGUUUAGAAUCUUGGUUUGUUUCCCUAAACCAUAUUUAAGGCAUGCCACAGUUUCCAGUUCAAAUAUAAUCAUGGUUAAAUGGAAGUGAAAACGUCAGUUUUCUUGCAGCUGCAUCAGUAGAAGGGAAAGGAGUUUGGGAGAACACAAUCCCAGGGUUUGUUAUCCUGCUAAGGUAUAUUUGAACCAAGUUAUUACAGAUAAAAAUGGCACUGGUAAAACACUCCAUAAACAGGGACUAGUAUCUCCAUCUAUCUGUAUCUUAAUGGAACAGAUACAUAUUGCUGAUAUUUUUUUUCUGCUCACCACUGCUUUAACUUCUUACUCCUUUUUCCUUUCUCGUUUUUCUUUAAAUAAUUUCUGUGCAAAAUGGUUACUUAAUUGUUUGUAUAACAGUGUAUAUCUGACUGGCUUUUGUAUUUGCAUUCAUUGGAAGAUUUGUUGCUGCAGUUAGCAUUCCCAGUAUUGUAAGGUCAUGCUCAGCAGCCAGUGACUUGUUGACCAGAUCUGGUUUCCAGUCACCUGCGAGCUGGCCUGCCCCACCUUUCUUACUCGUUUUUGACCCCUUGGUCCUUCCCUCUUCUCCUUUAGGAGUGGGCAAGGUGGAAGUAAUACAGCUUGUACUUCACCUGGGCUAAUGUGGAAAGCACAUGGCAGUAUGGUGCAUUUAUUUUCUUUGCUGCUGCUUUCUCUGAAUGCUCUUGCAGACUCAAGGGAAACUUUAAUUUUUUAAAAUACAUGUCAGGGCAUAACUCCUUGAAAGCCACAGCCUCACAUGUGUCAGCCUUCGUGCCGAAUAUCAGGUGUGCAAUUGGGCUCUGGUUGCUAGAUGACAGGAGCAAAGUAUUCCGCAGAUGGUAAAGGCCCCAUGAACAAGCCUUAAGGCCUGUGGGACGGACAGACAGAUGAGGAACUUGGGUAAGCAGAGAAAGCUGGGAAGAGCUCAGGAGAUUACACUGGAAGAUGGACACAGACACAGCCCCAAGAGGGACUAUCCCACAUCUGUUCCUUCAGCACCCUCUGGCCACACGAGCCGUAAUCCUGGUACUGGGGCAGUGUGGUGUCCUGAAGCUGAGCAGCAGUGUGGAACCGUAAAACCUGUUUCUGGCCCUCAAGGUUGUGAAGACAAGAAAAUGAACAAGGAGUAGGAAGUGGGGGCUGAGCAAAAUCUCCAGUGGUUGAAGGCAGGACUUGUCCUCAAGACUCAACCUUCCUUCAUGUAAAGCUGCUCUACUUUUCCUGGAGCAAAACUUCAUUUAGCAUAGGAUGCACUUGGUCCUGUCAGCAUCUCCAGCUAGGAACUUUGACUGAAACUGAAGGAAAAUCAAGUGAUGGGAAAGUGCAAUUUCAAUAAUGCAAAUAAGCAAUUCUGACUUUUAAAAAUGAUUUCCUUCUGUGCUCCAUUACUUUUCCAAUUUUGCAAGGCAUCUGCUUUUGAGAGUAAAAAUGGCUAUACCUAAGGGAUCUGUCAGUAAGAGUAGAAAGCUGGGAACAGUUUGUAUCAUAUAGGAUUUCUGUUACCAACAUAAAUUAUGUAGAUAUAUUUGCAUAGAUUAUUUUGGAAAUUCUACUUUGGCUUGCAAUCUAAAGAGUUACGAAGGACAUGAACUCAAAAAUUUUCAUCAUUGCUCACAUUCAAGACAUUUUCUAGCUUUCUAGACUUUAAGGGAUAAAAUACAUUUUAUAAAUACUGCAAUAUUCUCCUGUUAGUGUUCUCUUCACUAUCAGUCCUGUUUGUCUUUUGCAGCUUCUUGCUGUGCCAACAUUUCUUUAUUCCUCUUGAGCAUCUUGACUGCAUAAUUGCCCUUUAGAAGUGUGCUAAACCUCCAGGAAAGCUAAUGUAUACAAAAUUGGUAGAACAUCAAAUCAACAGCUUCAAUAAAUAUGGAAGUCCCCUGCGUUUAACAAAAUGCUUCAGUUGGAGCUCUCCUCCAAUCCUACUCCACCCAAGUAGUCACAUUAUGUCAAAAAAGACUACAGUGUUAAAGCUUUGUGGCUUUCUAGUUUCACCUGGAUUUAAAAAAAGCAAACUAGCUGAAUCCAUAUAACCUGAUUUCAGGGAAAUGUAUACCAAAGUCCUAGAAGGAUUCUGGAACCUGUGAAAUCCAGAGCCUUGAAACCUAAGUGGUUUUUGGUGACUACCUUAGUAGACUUUGGAUCCAGACUGCAAGGUUCACUUGUGCAUCAAAUCGCUCAAUCCUGCCUCUCUUGGCCAAGCCAGAGAUCUGUUGUCUUGAUGCUGUACUCAUUGAGCUGGAGCCAAUCGGGCAAAUCCAGUUACUCGAUUGAAAGCCUAUAGAGUGGUUGACCUUAGGCUGUUGUGCAGAGAGCAUGAGAAUUAUGUAAGCUCUACUUUCAGGCCCAUCCCUAAAUGUUUUGCUUAAUAAAUCAGAAGUCAGUGUUUUCCCAACAAUUGGAUCGACAGGUGGCACUGGCCUUUUUCAGACGGGACCAAUUCCAUGUGUUAAUGUAAGAAGUACUUUGUCCAGUGGGAAUGGCAGCCUUGAUCAGUUUUGCUCUGAUGACAUGUAUUGAGAAGUGAAGGUGGGGAUUGCUUUCCCACUGUCUGUUAAUAGGAAUGAAAAUCGUUGGCAUUAGAAAAACUUAAUGGUUUUGUUGGUGAAGAGGACCCCAACAUCACAUGUGGAAAAAUGUAUGUAUGGGGAUGUAAUGGGCAGUUUGGGAGUUAGCUUAUCUGUAAGUACCUGUUCUCUGGACAACUUUUGUUUUGGAUUGCUUUAGGUUGCUCUGGAGGGCCUCUGUGUAUGUGUGUGCAUAUAUGUACUUUAGACAAGGCAUCCAUUGCUUUUUGGCCUUUUCAGCUAAGCAGUUCAUAAAAUGUCAAUAAUGCAUGCAAGCAAGAAUUUAUUAAAUAGCUCAGAACUUACUUGGAAACUUGAAAGCAUUUGAAAACUUAUGGGAAAAGACAUUUAGUUUAAGGACAAUUGGAUUUAGCAUAUAGUAUAUAUGAAAAUGGAUACUUAGGUGCACUUGCAUAAUAUUUCAAAGGUGGUUAGUUCUGGUGAACUUAAUUAAUACACAAAGUUUCCAAUGAAAAAUCUUGCAAAAUAUUGUGCAUUAAAUUAGAAACAGUAAAUUAAUAGGCAUGUCAUUCAACAAGAAUAAUGAAACAAUUACAGGUAAAUACAGAUGAUUUAUGCAUGCUAAACAAUCAUUUAUGAGUGGGCUAAAUAGUAAAAUCAGUAGCAAACCUAGAAAAUAGGUAAAAUAGAAAGUAAUUACCUAAGUAGGUAUGAUUAACAUAGUUUCCCAAAGCUGGGUUGUUCAUUAAAUUCUUGCUUGCAGCUUUUGAUUGAAAUUGGACUGAUGUAGACAAGCUACCCAAAAAGCACCUUUUUUGUGUAGGAUUCUACAUGGCCCAGGUUUUCUUUUAAAGAAUCCUUCACCUACCUGCUGACCCCUUGUCAGACAGCAUUCGUGUCCGUGUACUCGUAGGUUGCACACCCUUUAAACAAGACUGCAGAGAGCCCUACAUUCUUUGAUCUUUAAAGACUGGGUUUUCUGUGAUAGAGGCAGCUCCUUCGGAAACUGAAAGUUGCCAUCACCUCACAUCACUCGGGGAAAACCGAUUCUCUUCCCACAUCUUUGAAGAAAUGUGCUUCUGCUGAUGCGUGCGACUUUCAGCAAACUCCACAUUGCCUUCUCCCUAGCCCUGCUUUACUCAUUACAUGAAUAGCAUGGAAGCUAUCAAAUGCUUUUGUACAGUGUGUGGGCCCUAUGAAACCAUGUGAGGGGCAUACUUCAAUGGAUCCUCAAACCCGUGGAGUCCUCUCUGCCAUUGCCAUACAUUCAGAAUUGAAUGUUAUCAUCCAGCUCAGAGAAUCCUUUGGUAAGUAUCUGUUACAUUAAUUUGUCUUGCAUAGACUUGUUUUCUAGCAAAAUUCAUAUGCCUGGAAUAAUGUGUCAUCUGGGGAGGAGCUCUUCAGAGUAGGUGGGUGUGAAAUUCUAUACUGUUGGGAUUUCUUUUUAUAUAAUUUUGUAGUAUUUCCAAUCUUGUAUCUGUUGGAGAAAAAGCCUUGUUGCCUCUUAAGAUAACUGUCAGAACUUUGUCCAGAUGUGGAAUGACACCAUGACAUGUGGGUACUUCAAGGAAUGGCAUAUUCUGUUCUCAUAGAAUUCCCAGGUUUCUAGACGCUGAUGGUCAAACAUGGAAUGAUGGAGUCCAUCUCUCUGAUCCAGCCAACACAGCGUCAUGUAGAAAGGGUUUGCAAAAAACACUGGCACGGUUACAAGAAGAGGAUUAUGUAAACCAACUGGGUAAGGCAUACAGCAGUUUUUGCUGUACAGCCUCUGCAUAGAUUUAUUCCCUAAAACAAUGUCUAGCCAUAGGGUAAUGUAUACACUGCCUUCAGUUUCUCUAUGCAGGAAAAGGUAACAUGUGGUCACGCAGGUGUUUUGGCCUAGCACCCCAGUUGGCCCUCAUUGGCUAACCUGGCUAAGUCUGAUAGGAGCUGCAGGGCAAAACUUCUGGAGGGCUGCAAAUUCCCUACCCUUGACCUAAUGGAUCAUACCUGUUUGAAAUCUGAUGAACACCUUAGCCAUAACAACAUCUAUCUGGAUCUCCCCCGUAUGCCAUUAACUUUCAUUGCCAUGUAUGAACUCUGGUAUCUUGCCCCGUAUACAUCUAAUGACCCAUCUCUGGUCCCUCAGUUGAUCUCCCUUCUCACCCCAAAAUGAGACACCUGGUUUGAUUUUUUGCUGAAUGUACCAGCUGUUGUAUUUUAGUAGGUGUGUUUUUUAAGUAAAAAUAAAAUAAGAAAAAUCUUGCUCUUUAAAAUUCUUACAGUACUGAUGUCUUUUUUAAAAGAAAAGUGUUAAGGGGGGGAGAGAACAGUUUGUACUGUAAGAAGAUGGAACUAAGUGCAUUUUUGCACUGUUGACAAAAUGUGAUAUUCCAGAUAGAAGUUCUUGUGAAACAGGAAACAUUUUUUCUAAUAUUUAAAGUGUUUUUGUAGAUUAAAAAACUUUAAAAUGCCAAAAAAAUUAAACAUGUACCCGAUUUUCAGUUUCUAUUGCUAAAUGGGACAUGAAAAGCUAAGGAUCCCUUGGUUUCCUUAGAUGUCUUUCCUAUUUGCAACUAAGCUAGGGCUUCUGUCUCAAGUCUGAAUAGACUUAAAACUGUGGAUCUUCCCCUCACCCCCUUUUUCUUUUGUAUAAUAAAGUGCAAAAACAAA